AUGGGCUGGCCGACUCUCUCGCUGAAAAAUGGAAAUUUUAUUCCCAUGCUAAGCCGCUACCCCUUUAUUCGCGCGUCGGAAUUCCCGACUGCGUGGUACAAAGACGAUCCCAAUGCUCCCAUCAACCCAGAGCUCAUUGAAGUGCUCAAAACUACCGUUUUAAAAGGUUUCAUUCAUAUCGAUGCUGCAGAUUCGUAUGGAACUGAAAGAGAAGUUGAAAUUACUAUCAAAGAGAGUGGUAUUCCAAGAGACAAGCUCUUCAUUACCACCAAGGUCCUCAAAGGAUGGAAGGAUGCUCGAGUGGCGUUGAACGAUAGCCUUCAACAGCUACAAGUUGACUAUGUGGAAAUGUAUCUUUUACAUAAUCCCUAUGUUAUCCCUACAACUGCAGAAAUUCAGACCGCUUGGAAGGGACUCGAGACUCUCCAUGCCGAAGGAAAGGCCCGGAAUAUUGGUGUAUCCAACUUCCAGCGCAACCACCUUGAGGCCUUGCUGGAGGAUUGCUCGGUUGUUCCAGCAAUUAAUCAGCUGGAAUACCAUCCAUAUUUGCAACGGGCUGAUGAUUAUGUGCCUUGGAUGCGUGAGCAUGGCAUUGAGAUAUCGUCUUUCAAGACUCUUGCACCGAUCACUGUCGGUAAAGGUGGACCUCUAGACUUACCUCUAUCGACCAUCGCCGCUAAACACAACACCUCAACAAGUACGGUUGUUCCGAGGUGGGUGAUUGACCAAAACGUUGUCGGAGGCACGCACCCUGGAGAUCCUUAUAUCUUAUCAGAUAUGUAUAACGGUAGCCAAUCAACUCCGCACCCAAGUGAUCCCAGUGCCAGCCAGGUCUUCCUACCAAGACACCAAACCGUGAGAAAGCUUGCCAAUCGCAUCCAUGAACAAAGAGUGGUCCUUGCUCGUGGGACCCCCUCUUCGGGAAAGACCUUUCUCGCCCGAUCUCUUCACACCUACCUCCGUGGACAGGGAGUCAAGUCGAUUUACAUCAGAAACUUCCCCCUCAGUUUAGAGGGUGGUCCCUCCGCGUUGCAUUACCUGCUCGAGGCCUGUCACAUCCAAGGUUUUGCGGCACUUGGACACAGUUUUCUGCGCGACAAUUUUGUAUUUCUCAUCGAUGACGCACACACGACAUACAACAAUUCAGAGUUGUGGUUGAUUCUGAAUGCGAUGAACCAAGAUCACCUCGUGAAUGUACCAGGGGCCAGUUUCUGUAUGUUCAGUGCCUUCGGUACCCCGGAUAGGGGUGUAAUGCCACACAACAUGGGGAGUGACUUGCUAGUAUUCAAUGAGCACCAACGUGUUUUCAUGGUCGAGCGGUUUGCCGAUGAUAUUUCACUCUUCUACACCACAGAAGAGGUCGAUCUCUACAUGGAAAUGCAUUUCCAAGCUCGAGGUUCCGAUUACGAAAUUUGCGAUAUCUUGAAAGAUACAAUCCAUGGCCUAACUGGCGGCCAGCCUGAAUUGAUGGAUGCAUUCAUGCAUCUCUGCGACAUGUUGUAUGAGGCCUUCUACAAGGAUGACGAACUUGACAUAAUCAGCGAGGAUGACAGCGAAAUUACCCAGCUAUUUGAAGUUCGUGGCAUCCUGGAAGUAACAAUCGCGGCAAUUGUAAACUUCGCUGGUCUUCCGCUUUCGCCCGAGACCUUUUUCCCUCCUGAGCAGGAGUUUGAAGUUCUUCGCCAAGCUCAGCACGCCCGCGGCCAAGGCCUAUUGUUCGACCCGCAAAGUGAGGCUAUGCUAUCAUGCCUUACGAAAGGUUGGCUACACAUGGAAGAGAACCGAGAAGGAGAAUUCAGAUGUUGCUUUCCAACCAUGUUUCACAACAGGCUCGUGGAGUACCUCAUGGGAGUCCAGGAUCUCAGAUAUCCUACUCCUCCUACAUUGAACAGAGGGGAACUUGAGUUAAUGUUUCGCAUGCGAAACAUGACGAUUUCUUAG